UGUGAUGUAGGCCUGGGGAGGAUAUAUAUUCAGUGUGUGCACAGUAUAGGCUGUCUUGUGAUUCAGACAAUGAAGUUCAAACACUGGAAUGUUCUCUCAUUUCUGAAUAGCAAUACUAAACCAUGUCUGAGCUUUGGCUCAACAUGCUUGGAGACUGAUCCCAACUUGACCUUCCUGUGUGGGUUGGGAUUGCUCCUUCUGUUCCUGUGCUACCUGGUGGGGAUUCCAUUUCCAGCUUGGAAAACCAAAACUACCCAAAAGCAUCAGGGCAGAGCCAAGAGGAGGAGAAAAGGUGGGACUCUGAAAGAUGACAGAUGGUACCAAUGGGAAGUAGAGGAGACCCAGAAGCUGAUCUCUGUUUUAAGAAGGUUGGAGAACUUGCCAGAGUCAAGUAGAAGAGGUAAGAAAUGUGCUUUCUCUUCUACAAAGACCCCUAGGUGGCAUCAUGAUACCAUCCACUUUUGUCAACUGUUAUGUUGA